GCGACAUUAUUGUUAACGACAACCGUAUUCACAACUAGCACUUCCGAGCAUGUCGCGAAAUCAUAUUCGGUUCUUCGCAAGGACGGUUCUUGUCAAUAAUAAUGAUAUUGACAAAGCUCACGGGGUUCUUAACAGGAUCCUGAGAAAUGAAAAGUUUUACGAAAAUGUUCGACGAAAAGAAUAUUAUGAGAAGCCAACAGAAGCUCGCCGCCGACUGAGUUUUGAGAGGUGUAAAAGGAUAUACAAUUCAGAGAUGCAAAGAAAGAUAGCCUUUGUUAUGAGAAAAAACAGGGUUGACCCAUGGGUGAGGUAGCAAGAUCAAGUCAGCAUACCUGGAUCAAGUGUGAAGAAAAGUAUGACUGAAACAAUUUCUAAUGGACUGAUGUUUAUAGUAACUUUUGAAGGAGUUCAUCAUGCUGUGUGUGUAGGUGGUCAUCAAGGAGAUUCGUCCAAUCAAGAGGAAAUGUCCUCACACUAAACAUAUGCUAAAAUGUACAUGUAGCUAUUAAACUUCGUCACAAACAUA